UUGUCUAUUUUGAAUCUGGUGAAGGAUUAAUUAUUAAUAGAAAGUUAUCCAAUAGUGCAGCUUUAAAUCAAGCUCUUCUCCAAUCGAAACUGGUCGGUAUCGCAACGUCUGUUCGCUUCGCUGCAUGACAUCGGUAGUGCGAUGCGGACAGAUUGUUUUGAUCUGUUUUAGCCUUGAUUGACCCCCCCUGGAACUGUCAGUGCCUUGGUCGAUGGCGAGGGACCCCACGGAAUCGUGUGGCACCCCCGGGAGUAGAGUUGGUGCCCACUGAUGUCCUCUAAGACCGAGAAAGGGGACGGGCACAGGGACACAGACAUUGAUCAGGGGGAGGGCAUGUCCGUGGUCCAUGAUCGCGUCCAUACACGUGGUCACCAGUCGAAUGCUCAGUCUCAAUUGUUUGCCACUGCUGGUUGUUCACCUACGUCCUACAAGGAUGCCUGGAUCUUUGACAUGGCCAACCCAGCCAAGCACAGUAUCCUAGAGAUGAGGAAGGAGAAAUCACGAGAUGCAGCGCGGUCCCGCCGUGGGAAGGAAAACUAUGAGUUCUAUGAGUUGGCCAAGUUACUUCCCCUGCCGGGAGCCAUCACAAGCCAGUUGGACAAGGCAUCUAUCAUCCGGCUCUCCAUCAGCUAUCUCAAACUUCGAGACUUCUCAGGCCAUGGAGAUCCUCCAUGGGUUAGAGAUGGUCCACCACCUAAUAAAUCUGUGAAAGGGCCGUCAAGACGAAGAAACUUGUCUGCGGUUGCCAUGGAGAUCUUUGAAACACAUCAGGGGACACACAUAUUACAGUCACUGGAUGGAUUUGCCUUUGCACUUGCAAAUGAUGGCCGAUUCCUGUACAUAUCAGAAACAGUGUCUAUAUACCUUGGUCUUUCACAGGUAGAGAUGACUGGCAGCAGUGUGUUCGACUAUGUGCAUCAACAGGACCACCCUGAACUGGCAGAGCAGCUGGGCCUCUGUCUUCCACAAAACAUAUCAGGCAGCAACAUCCCAUCCCUGGAAGGAUCCACAUCUGAUGAAGGAUCCUGCACCUCCAACAUGGACCUCUCCCACGAUCAGGCAGUCUCCCCAACACACAACCCAUGGACAUUACAUGACAGAGGUUAUGUAAUGAAUCCUAGUCCAAACAAAGGCUAUGACCGGUGUUUCUGUUUACGCAUGAAGUCAACUCUGACCAAACGAGGAGUACACGUAAAGUGUGCUGGGUACAGGGUUGUUCAUAUUGUUGGACAGCACCGUCCCCAGUUUUCGUUUUCGGUGAACCGCAAACAUCCACCACCGGUCCUAGGGUUCAUAGCCCUUGGUAUUGCCCUUCCCCCUCCUACGAUCACAGAACUGAGAAUUGACAAUGAUACCUUUGUCAUGAGAUUAUCGCCUGACUUCAAAAUCAUCUAUUGUGAGCCUAUUGUCUCUGACCUGAUGGACAUACAGGCCGAUGACCUAACUAAUGGCCUCCUCUAUGACUUCUGCCAUGCUGCAGACCUCCACAAGCUCAGGAAGGCACAUGUAGACUUGUUAGCCAAAGGUCAGGUCUUGUCAGAGUAUUAUCGAGUGAUGAAUCGUCAUGGCGGCUAUGUGUGGAUCCAGACUUGUGCUACAACACUCUUUAAUUCAAAAAGUAUUGAUGACCAAAAUAUCAUUACAAUUAACUAUGUUCUGAGUGGUGUAGAAAAUGACCGGUUGGUGUUAGACUCAUGGCAGCUAAAUGGUAGGAGGACACUGGGACCUGACCCCUCCGACCACAGUGACCCAGGGGAACUCGGAUCUGAUCCAGAUGGCAGCAGUCCAGUGGACAGAGAGAACAGAACAAACAGCAACAGCAAAUCUGAGAGUGUGGGACCUACUUCUGACCAGGACGACCGACUCAAAUCUCCGUCCAGCAAUGCAUUAGGCGAGAUGGAAGACCUCGGUAGUGAUACACACAACAGCAAAGCCGAGCUUGAUCGUGUGUUCUCUGACGAGUCUGCUUGUACAGUUACAGAUAGGGUAGAUUCAGUUCGGGAUGCGAAAUUCAGCAGACGCAAGAUGGAGAAACCACGCAAGCGUAAGAAGGAGUUUGAACUUGAGGACGACGACACUGAUAAGGAGAGUGGCAUGAUGAAAUCUCAUAGGAUUAUCAGUGAGGAAGCUCUCUGUGACUUUGUGGGCAAUAAUGUGUCUCACGACCUAUCACCAGGGUCACAAAGCCCAGACGUAGGUCCAGUAAGUAUGACCUCCGCCGCGCCACAGGACCUGUCCGUCAAGGCAAACGCUGUAAGCAACCAGUCUGUGGCCAUACACGGUGAAGUUCAUUCAGACUGGAAAAGGGGAAAGGACAUGGACUGCAAUAAUGCAGUUACUCCCAACUCUGUGAAGGAACUAGAGGCAGUCAUGAACCGCCAUCUUCCUUCUGUAGCUAACCAAAGUGAAUCCACUCAACAAUUACGCUUUAGUGGUCAAUCUGCGCAAAAAAAAUCCACAAUACAGUGGAUAGGUUCCCAACAUACUAAUAACAAUACUGGGGAGACUCUCCCAGCUACAAAUCUGCUCAGAACCAUCUAUGCCAAUCGUGAAUCUGUCAUCCGCACAAACACGCGACCAGCCAGUAAUUAUUACAAUGAAAUGCCAGUGAACAUGCUGACCCCACCAGGCAGUGAUGCAUUCAAAGAACAGCAGCAACAACAACAGCAGCCAUCAUUCAUCUCCACAAAACCAUCAGUAGCCAGCGGCAACCACUAUCCCAACUCCACCAUGCCAAACUACACCACCACCCCUCUUUCUGUCUCUAUGCCCACUACAGCGGUAGACUCCUACGGCAUGACUCCACCGUCAUCUGUGUCACCUCGAGACAAACUGCAGUCGCCAUUUGGUGAUGUUGGAACAUAUAAUGAGUCGGGGUCAGCAUCUUGUGGAAACCUUGGUCCUGACUCUUCUUCUUCCAGACUGGCGGCCAAACAAGCAUAUCAGUUGUCAUCGUCAUCUUCGGAGUUCUCCUCCUCCAAGUCAACCGCAUCAUCGUCAUCAGCAGCAGCAGCAUACUACAGCGUGUCAUCCUUUCAUAACAAUCAUACGUAUCCUGAAGUCAACCACAAUGGCUCCACAGGAAUUAACUCGUAUGAGCCGUGUUCUCGGUCAGUGCUGUCAUGGUACCCGGUUUCGUAUUCAUCAUAACAUUGGUAAUAUAACCUGUUUAUCCCAUGGUUCCGGUGUACAAUAUUCUGCUACAGUAUGGUGUGUCUAGUCCUCAACCAGACAAUACACUGACAUUUGUGAAGCUUUAGAACACCAAUCCACACAGGUUCUUUGUGAAGACCUCUUGAAGUCAAGGAUCUUUUUAUAAACCAAACAAUUAUUUUAUGGUUUUAAACAACGCUAUUGAAGCCUCUGUCAUAAAACUUGUUAUAUCUAUAUGAAUCUUGUUAAAAUGAGGAUGCCAUCUUAGGUUACCAUAUAAUGAAGGAAUGGUCAACUGUACAGACUAUGGAGCAGCAUUUAAGAUCAUAUUCACGACUUGAAACUGCUGCUGCCAACUUGAAGGGAUAAGCAUGUGUCUGUGUCUCAUGAUGUGUAUAUCAAGAUUGAUAAUUUGUUCAUGAGUAUCCAUCAAUAAAAAUUUACUGUCCCACAUAUUUUAUUAGGUGCAUGUUUGUCACAUCAAAAUGAAAGUAUUCAGAUUGUCAUUGUUGCGAUGUUCAUGCAAAUGUAGGUGUAUUGCAUAAUUGCUGGAUCAUAGCCCAUUUGGCCAAAUGUCAUCUUUCCUUAACGUGGCACAGGGGCAUAAGGUAACCUCACGGUUACAGCAUUUGCUUGUCACUCUGAAGGCCUCAGUUUUGAUUCCCCAGAUGGAUACAAUCUAUGAAACCCAUUUCAGGUGUCCUUUGCAUUAUAAUGGUGGAAUAAGUCUAUACAUUGCAUAAAACCAACUCACUCACUCUCUCCCUUUUAGUACAUCCUAUCCCCAACUAUUUUUCUGAAUCAUAAGCUUCAAGAUGUCACCAAUGUCACUUGUCAAGGACAAACAAACCUUGACGUGAAAGAAGACAUACCUGUACACACAAUUUACUGUAUAUGGUACCAGAUAUACAAUCCUGGCAAAUACUGUACAGUACUUAGUAUAUCUUAAAUGUAAAUAUCAUUGGCUAAGUCAUUUUAGAUCAUCUUUGACCAAAACAUUGAAAAUCACAACAUCACUUGAUUUCAGUGACAGUUGUAUGUGAGAUCAUGUGAUCAUCUUAUUCCUAUAGUCAUGAUUAUUGUGUAAUGAUGUCAAUCUUGUGAUCAUUUGUCUCUAAGGAUUAAGAAACAUAUGGUUUUUUUUCAAGAAACUUGGAAAGAAGAAUCAAAACUUGACAACUGCCAGAGAUCCUAAGAUUCGCUCCUACAUUUUUGUGUAAUGUAACAUAUUCCCAGUUUCUGUUCCUGUGUUUCUCAGGGGUAUUGCAUUUUCUGAAACUAAGCAGUGUAAGAUAAACAGAUCCACGUAUGGCACAAACUAACUGGAACUUGAUAAUUUCUUUAUCACUUUAACAUUUCCGCACAAACUCUUUCAUUAUGCAGAAUUAGGUUUAUUUCCAUGCAUUCUUUCUGUAGAUUGCUGGUAAAUGUAUUGUGACACAAUUUUAUGAACAUAGGUGGUAAGUCUCAGUAUUGUUGUGAGGAUUGCAUUCUUAUGUAUUGAAGUACAUGAAGCUUUAACUGUAUGCCAAACUUAUAUAUUUCUUGGAUUUAUUUACCAAAAGUCAAAGAUAAUAGGGGUUGGGGUAAUGAAAAGACAUAUUUGUCCAUUCUUCAGAGUGUUAUAUAUGUGUGAGUAAUUUGGUCAACUAAUAUUGUCUGACAUUCAGUUGAACAAUUACUCAGUUUUAUGUGGUAAACAUGAAGUUUUAAUAUAUCUAACGAGCUAUGCGCAAUUAUGGAUUACCUGUCCUGAGUGAAUGAAAGGUAUUUACCUCGAGCCUUUGAACAUUCAUUCAUCAGUAAUUCCUCCCAGCUUCUUGGUUGUUCAUGUACAUUACACAUUCACAUGAAAAUGAAAUACAAAUGCAUUAAAUGCCAACCCUACAGACAAACUUCACUGAAGGCAGUGACAGAUGACAUCAUGUAACCAGUUUGUGAUGUCAUGAACAAUGGAUGAUGUCAUAUGAAUUUUUUCACAACAAUCCAUUGAUAUUAUUCUAUAUCACACAUGAUAAUUCUACUUUAUGGGUAAUAUUACUAAAAUUGUGUUAGUAUUAAUUAAUACUUUUUGAUAUGUUAGGGUGAGAAAAGUAUGUCAAAUUUUCUUUAAGGGUCCUGCCUUAUUUCCAAUCACUAUUGUUCAAACUAUGUCAGAUGCUUCUUGAGUUUCUCUUAUAAAGUUUCUUGAUUUCACCAAUGAGUCCAAUAAUAUUGUACAUAUUUCCCUAACUAAUCACUGAUGCCAGGAAAUCGGAAGAUAUUUACAGGAUAUACAGGUACGUUUUAAUUGAUAUCAACAGAAAUGAAGAAAACAGUAAUAUUCUGAACAUGGUAGAUGCAGAAUAUAUUAGUCAUGUUGUUUAAUAUAUUUUUAUUAAGAAAACCCACACAUUUUGUUUAUAAUUUCUAUAGUCAAACAUGUUUGCUGUACUUUCUCAAUAUGGAAAGCAGGAAGACGACAAGUCAUUUUCUCUGAUGUUGAAAGUGCAACAAAAUGUUCAUAAUAAGCCAAUAAAAUCUGAUGACCCUUUGAGUACAAUCCUGUACACCAAGACAGUCGUUAUCAUCUGUUUAUUUUUAUUAUUUUUUUAUGAAUAGAGAACCUGAAUUGAAAAUGUGAUAAGUAUGGUUGCCAUUUACCAAAGUCACAUGCAGUGAACUGGUUGUAGUGUAAGCUCCAUGUUAAACCAGCCAUGUUGUUGAUAACGACUGUAGCCAAACAACAGUAGAGCCAAAGUUGACACUGUAGUGCUAGUGUAGAAACAAGCUAGUGGUAGUAUUUCUUUUCACUGUUUAGUGUUCGAGUGUUAUCACAUACAUAUAGUUCAUGUCUAGGCAUGUGCUGUAGUCUUUGUUGAAGUAAUGUGCCUCUCCUUGUUCACUAGUUCCAGUUGUUUUACAAACAUAUGCCCCAUGUUACAAAACUGAAAAAAUUGAACUAGUAAAUAAUUGUGUUUUGGUCUUUGAGUUUUGGAAGCAUGGAUAUUAUACUGAGAGAAAAAAAAUAAGGGAUCACAUGAAAUUUCAGGUUUUAAUCACAUCAAACAUAACAGACUUGAGUCAUUGUUUUCAGUUUAAAUGAAGAAAGUCAGUAUCGAGUAUGUCCCCCACGUGCUCUUGCAACUGUCUGGCAACAUCUGGGCAUACUUCCAAUCCAUGUCCUUAUUGUAUAUAUAUAUAUGUCAGACAAUAUAUGCGAUCCUUUAUUUUUUUUUCCUUCGGUAUAUUUACAGUUUAUUUGUGUGCCAUAGUGAUCAGAAUGGCCCUUCUAAGAAGCAGAUAUAUUAAAGGGGUGUCCUUAAGAGCCACUUAAACUUGACAAGAAUAGUUUAGGCAGUUAAAAACGUGUGACUGAAAUAGUUCAAACACUGUAAUUUCAAAUCCAUGAUGUACAUCACAUUGACACAUAUUACAGUGUUUAGACUGAGAUUUGAAAUGGGCAAUAGACCAAACACAUUAUUUUAAUAAAAAAAUAAUACAUACAUGUGAUAUGUCAAAAAUACAAGUGGCGGAUUUUCUUUGGAUCUUAUUGUGUCAUAACACAGGUGGGUGGUUGUGUAGCAUAGUGGUUUAAGUGUUCGCUUGUCACCAAAUUCCAUUGUUUGAUUUCCAGUUUGGUACAAAGUGUGAAGCCCGUUUCUAGUGUCACCCACCUGUGAUGUAGCUGGAAUGUUGCUAAAUUCAUUGUAAAACCAUAUUCAUUCUGCACAGAAAAAAUCUUGUAGUCCGGUAUGAACAUGUCUGUCUAAAUGGUACAAGAUUCCUUCUGCAUUUCUGAUUAUGCAUUAGACCAUGUUUGCUCAUCCAAAGCAAAUACAUUGUUUGAAAUUUUAUGCAUUUACUUGUAAAUCAUACAAGAGUUAAGAAGGGUUGUGAUGUAUGCAUUUCGCAUGAAACAUUAUUUUUGCAUUUGAAAUCCUUGAAAGCAUUUAUUACUAAAAUCAUGGAAUACAGUGUACUAAACCUUCAUUGUUGUACAGUGUAUGUAAUUGCACUCCAAGGUAUUGUACUAUGUAGAUCAUUGAAUCAUAUAAUAUCUUAGCAUAAUUCAUUAGUUUGUAGUUAUGGGCAGAGUCAAUGAAAUUGACCCCAAGUAUGCUAUUUAUACAAGAUGCAUUGUAAUUAGGAUGUGCUUUAUCCUCAAACUUCAUGAGGCUAAAUUUCAGCUCCUUUGGACUUGUUCCAAUGAAUCGUAUCCAUUCCGGACACAACAAUGGCAGUUCUAGACAAGCAUUUGUUCUUAAGUCAUGGCAUUGUGGUUUGUUGUUGGCAUUUUGAGUUUACUAUGUUAUUAAAGACGAUGUUUAGCAAUGUUACGGUUCCUUGUUACAGAGUGUAGUAAUGCUUUCUUCAUGACAGUGUUGUAAGCACUGGGGGAAUGAUUUCAAAGAUUAUAGGUGUAAAGAAUGUGGGUUUGCGUUUUCUGUCACAAAGUUUUAUUAUGCAAUUGAAACAAUCAUGACAAGAUUUUCUGUAUGACUUAGGCACAAAUCAUUUGAUAUUUGGCCAUGGGUCUGAGGGGGUAGGGGCUUGGAGAAGGUUAGGGACUUGGAGAGUUCAAGAAGCACUGGACAUACUGUCCAGGUUGUAUACGCACCCAAAUACUGUCCAUUGGACAUGUUGAAUAUCCUGAAAAUUAUUAUUAUUACAAAACAAAAAAUUGUUUACUCCCUUUUACAGAGAUAAAUUAUAAGCAAUAACGAAAUAGGAAUAUGUCUAUUAAAAAUCCAAGCCCAACAGUUCACUUCCCCCUCUCCCCCAUCUCUCUCUUUGCAAAUAUUGAAUGGUUGAUCCCUUUUAACUGGAGAAGAGGAAGGGAGUAAUUUGUGUUACAGAAAUAAACUUUCAUAAACAUAUAUUUAGUAUUCUACCUUGCUUCAUCCUCUGUAGCACUGUGGGAAAAUAUGAAGUUUGUUUCUAUUAUUAAGGCAUAGGUUCUGCCAUCAGUUUGAUUUACGGAGCAAAUUGGUACUAUUCAGUGUUCAUAAAGCUUGCCUAAUGAUGUUAUUUGUUUUUGUUAAAAACUUGUAAAUUUUAUUAAACAUUGCUUUAAGCAGAGUAAUGCUUAUUCUCUGCAUAACCCAUAAGGUGUUACAAGUGAUCAAAGAAACAACACAAAAGUGUCCCUUGUAGGAAAAAUAUAACUGAUGAUUUUGUGUUCAAUUUGAAACAACUAAAUUACACUGAAUAUCGAUGGUCUAGUCACAUAGGCUUAUAAAGUCAAUGCAGAGGUGUUAACACAUUGUUCAUAGUGCUAAAUUCAUUAGUACUAAUUCAUAUUAAAACUAUUAUCAUUUUAAUGAAUAUGUUUUGUAGUAUCUAUUUUACAAGCAAAAACAUACUCUCAUUUUAGAGUAGAAAAAUAUGCAUUUCUUAUAUUGAAAUAGCUGUAUAGUGCAUUUUAAUUGAAUCUAUAUCAUUUACACUUUUACCAAAAGAAACUGUUACACUAGGAAAGAAUGAUUUCUUAUUGUUAUGUGUGUGACUGAAUAUGUAUGAUGUUACCAAUCUUUCAUAAGUGUGAGUGAAGCGACAUAUUAUAUGUAUAAUCAUGAAAUAAGAGCGUGACACAGCAAUAUUUUUGCAACAAGCCAUAAAUACCAUUGCUAUAUGUAAGUAGAAUGUUUGUUCAUGCAUACACAGUGUACAGACCAUCAAGAUAUCGGAACACCAUUAACUUGUGUGUUAACUCCAAGCCUACAUGGGGGCCAAAUAUUUGCUGUUUAAUGUAUGUCAUUAUCCAAACCUGUGGCUAUUUGCCAUGAAUAAAUUAUAUGAAAAUAUCA